AUGGAAGAGAUGGUUCAUGGGUUGGAGCUUAGUGGGGUUAACUUCAUAUGGGUGGUUAGGUUUCCUGAGGGGAAGAAAAUUAGGGUUGAGGAGGAGUUACCAGAGGGAUUUCUUGAGAGGGUAGGAGAGAGGGGAAUGGUUGUAGAGGGAUGGGCUCCACAGGGAAGAGUUCUAGAGCAUUCAAGUGUGGGUGGGUUUGUGAGCCACUGUGGAUGGAGUUCAGUGAUGGAGGGUAUUAAGUUUGGUGUUCCUAUCAUUGCCAUGCCUAUGCAUCUUGAUCAGGCAUUCAAUGCUAGGAUGGUGGAGGAGGUGGAGGUGGGUGACGAGGUUGUGAGAGAGAAGGAUGGGAGGCUUAAAAGAGAAGAAGUGGCAAGAGGGAUAAGAAAGGUGGUGCUGGAGAAAAAUGGAAAGGAGCUAAGGAGGAAAGCAAAAGAGAUGAGUGAGAAAAUGAAGAAGAGCGGAGAUGAAGAAAUAAAUGGUCAGGUGGAAGAGCUUGUUAAACUUUGUAGACCUUAA